GCCCCGCGCGCGGAGCCGCCAUUGCGGGUUGUUUGUGCGGGCGCGCAGCAGCGCGGGCGGGAGGCGGCGCCGCGGCUCCGCCAUGUCCACCCCGGCGCGCCGCCGCCUGAUGCGCGACUUCAAGAGAUUGCAAGAAGACCCUCCUGUGGGUGUCAGUGGUGCACCAUCUGAGAAUAACAUAAUGCAAUGGAAUGCAGUUAUAUUUGGGCCAGAAGGGACACCUUUUGAAGAUGGUACUUUUAAACUAGUAAUAGAAUUUUCUGAAGAAUAUCCAAAUAAGCCUCCAACUGUUAGGUUUUUAUCAAAAAUGUUCCAUCCAAAUGUGUAUGCAGAUGGCAGCAUAUGUUUAGAUAUUCUUCAGAACCGCUGGAGUCCAACAUACGAUGUUUCAUCUAUUUUAACUUCAAUUCAGUCUCUGCUUGAUGAACCCAAUCCAAACAGUCCAGCAAACAGUCAGGCAGCACAACUUUACCAGGAGAACAAACGUGAAUAUGAGAAAAGAGUUUCAGCUAUUGUCGAACAAAGUUGGAAUGAUUCGUAACAGCUGCUGUGUUACUCUCCAUCCUCAUAAGCAUUAUGUACAAUUUAACUCUCAAUAGAAAGGCUACCAGAAAUUUCAAGUGCCACAGUUCUAUGAAUUUGCAUAAAAACUCAUUUGCAAACAAAAUUAAGCCCUCCAGUUUAGGGGAAGCUAAAAGCUUGUGUAUCUCAAUUAACGUCCUUUUUAUUGCAUGGUAAGAACUAAGUUAUUGCUACAUAAAUUUGUAAUAUAUCCUGUUUGUAUUUUUUUUCCAAGUGUAUAAUGUUGGUGUGGAGUUUUCAUUACAGAAUAUACACAUUUUGUAAAUCUGUACUUUUUCAAAUAUUGAAUGCCUUAUUUUUGAAUUCUUUAGAUUUUUAAAUUGGAGAAAAGCACUUAAAAAAAGUUUUUAUAUAUGAAUAUUUCAUGUAAAACUGUUAAAUACAUAACCUUAGUGCAAGACA